AUGGAAGCAGACGAGGAUGAGGAGGACCUAGAGUCCAUUCUCCAGCAUGGUGCGCAAGCCCUAUUCAACGAUGACGAUUCUGCGGAUAUCAAGUACGAUAUUCCGGCGAUUGAAAAGCUGCUAGACCGAAGUCAGGCGGAGCAAGCAGAGGUCAUCACGAACGGUGACGACUCGAACUCCAAUAACCAAAACCAAUUCAACUUCGCUCGUGUUUGGCAGAUGGAUCGCGACAGCCUCGAAGAAGUGGUCGAAACAGAAGAGGCACCAGUGGAUAUCUCGGCAUGGCAAAAAAUCUUGGACGAACGUGAGCGUGAAGCAAAAGAGCACCUUAGCCGCCAGGACGAAGGUCUUGGCCGUGGAAAACGCAAGCGCCCCACUAUCAGCUACAACACUAAAAUGGGUGACGACGACGACCCUGAACUCAGCCCCACAGCAUCACCCAUGGCCAAGAUGCGCAAGAUCGUGCCCGACCAAGACUACCAAGAACCUGAUGGCGAGGCCGCCCAAAGCGAGUCGGACAAUGAAAGCGAAUUCACGAGAGAUCAAUCGGACCUUGACACCACUGGAAAGCAAGAUUAUCUCAACGUUAUGGAUGCGCGCAACUUCCUCGCGCCAGAGGUGGAUGAAACUACACGCCGCUUCCGUCGCGUUGAGUUGCCACUUCCCCUUUCCCCCCAGGGUGACCUUGAUGGCGCCAACGACCUUUUGCAACCAUGCCAAGCCUGCCAGCAGAACCACGUAGCCGGAAGCUGCCCCCUUCGACUUGCAGGGCCCGAACUGUGCCCUCUAUGCGGACUGGCCCACUACGGAUACCGACGGUCGUGCCCCCACCUGCAAUCGACGGCGCACGUUCAGCAAAUGCUUCAAGCCCUAGAUCUGAGCACAGAGGACCCCCGCUUGGUCGCUAUCGCCCGACGGUACCUGCAAACAUGCAUCACCAGCAAUCAGAACCUCGAGCGCAGAAAAGCAGUAGCUGCCCAAGUGAGUGCGCAGUUAGUGGCUUCGCCCCAGGUUGAUGCAGCGAGGAUCGAUGGUGAGCAUAUUGGUCUGGAUAACGAUGUGAACAGUGGUGUGGAUGAUGGCGUGAUGGAAGGUGUGGUUGAUUUGACCUAA